UAAGAAACAAACUAUUUAAUUAAUCAAAUCAAGUUCCACCAAAAUUUAAAACUUCAGGGAAAAGAGUUUAUACAAAAUACACGCAGAGUUAAUAUACGGAGUAAGAUACUCCACCCUCCAUUUUCCUUCCCUUCUUUCCCUCUAUCUCCUUCAAUCUAAACACAAUAAAAAAUAAAAAUAACAAAAAACAAAACCCACCCAUACAAUCCAAACACACUGUAAAGUGUAAAUUGACAUUUAACAGAGUUCUUCAAUGGAAUCCCUCAGUAUUAAUUUCUGGCUGAAGCCAAACCCCAAUUCCCAGUUCAACAAUCGAAUUUACUUUUAUAAAGAUAAGACGAAGAUUAAAGUGGGAACCCAAGUAAUUUCUGCUUUAUCUUAUCAAAAAUUUGUAGACUUUGCUGUUGAAGAAACUAAGCGUCGUACCCAUCUCAUGUCUUCUCCUUUACAGAAAAAUUUUAGCCAUAUUGAAGCUAUAGAUGGAAAGGCCAACCUCAAGUUUCAAUCUUUUGAAGAUUCUAAAAUUAGAUUACUUCGCAGUAUGCACAUUGAUGGGGGUGAUUCGCUGCAGGUGUUGGACUUUGGCAUCUUCCCAAAAGUUGCUUUUGACUUGCCUAUAUUUUGUGCCAACUUUUUCAGCAGCUCAUCGACGAACAUUAUUGUAUUGGAUCUCAAUCCAUUGCAUGAUGUCAUUACUAAUAGAGAAUACAAAGAGAAGUAUUACAAAAGUUUAAUGCCUCUCAGCGUUAAGUAUGCUGAACUUUUGCCAUGGGGAGGAAAACUUACAGGUGAAUCUUUGAGGUUUUUCUCACCAAUAGUUAUAUGGACAAGAUUUACUUCAAGCCAAGAGAAGCAUGAUAUUCUAUUUGACGCAUUCAGUGAAUAUUACGAGACAUGGCUUGACUUGAUGGAACAUGCAGUGGAGGAGACUGCUGCUGACCAAAUUAUGCUCAACAGUGAAGCACAACAUAAAUACCUUACCUGGAGAGCAGAGAAGGAUCCGGGGCAUCCAAUGCUGAGGAGAUUGCUUGGGGAAGAAAGAGCAAGAAAUUUGCUGAGGAGCUUUUUAUUUAAUGGAGUUGAUGAACUAGGCAGUAAAACAUUUCUGGACUACUUCCCAGAGUACAAGCUUGACGAUGGAACCUUAAAUGAGAAGCGCAGUAUCAUGGGGAAGUCUUUUGAGAACCGGCCAUGGGAUAGUAGAGGGGAACUCAUUGAUAACUGUUAAGCUUAAUUUAAUAUUUGGGCUCAAAAGGUUGGUUCGUCGAAGUUUAAGAGCAGUCUCGCAGUGUUGCAACAAUUGCAAGUGAGAAGCUGAAUUUGAGUUUACUAUUGGCAACGUUAUUCUGAACGUGAUCUGCUGAUCCAUGUUCUUAGCAUUGGCUUGCAAGUCUUAUACUAUGUAUAUAAUGUGAAAUCAAUUUAUUCGCUUAAUGCUCAUGAUUUUUUUCCCUGUUGGUUUCUCUUUAGAUCAAAGCUUCUCUCAAGAUACUUUUUGUUCUUGUAAUACAGGUAGAUUAAGUGUUAGUUUGUCUAUUAGGUGUCUUAGGACAUUAUGUUAGUGAUAGAGCGGAAGAAUGUUUACAGAAAUUUCUUUUUUCAAUCACAAAAGAGCUGAAUUACGAAAAAGCUUUUCAUCUC